GCAGCGUCCCGGCGCAUCACACAACCGCGCGACCGCCACAGCGUUCGAUCGUCCGCCGCCGCCCUCCGCUCACGACCGUGGUAUACCGCGAAAACGCGCGACUCGUCCACUUUAUAUACCUACGUGACGACGGAUAAUAAUUAUAAUAAUAUUGGCGUGUACACAUGCGACGCGAUUUAUCGUACACACACACACGGUCUGUGUUGCGGUCAAAAGUUGUAUAAAUUCAACGGCUUCUCUGUCUCAGUAGCAGGUAUAUAGACGCGCACGCCGUCAUAUCACCAUCGAACCGUCGUCAUGUACGGUUGCCGCGAUUCAUGUGCUGUGCUGAUGACCGCUUUGGCGCUGUUGACUUUGGCUGGAACUCGGGGACAACCGACGGCCGACGCAUCCGGAUCGCGGGAAACAGCAACGUCCGAUCAGUCCUCCGCCGCCGACAUUAACUCCAUCGACCCAGCGGCCGCCGCGUUUUCCAGGCCCUUCAAUGGAUCGACUGAAAGUUUGAAAAAAGUCAUGUGGAAGAGGUGCGUGUCCAAGAACUACGUGACGUGCGCGAAGCUGGCGCUGGUGCAUCUGGUGGACCGUCUGGAGAGGGCCAACGACAGCUACUCGCUGGUGUCCGGCGUCACGGUGUCCAGUCAUAGGUCGGUCGGUCGGACAGAGGACGGUGAUGGAGACGUACCAGCGCAAACGACCGCGGGUCGUGACUCGUCCGAGGCCUUUGACCGGUUGCUCGUCGACAAGUUGGGCCGGUACUUCGGCACGCUCACUCUCAACGUCAAGCUGUUGGACGACGCGACAGUGCAGUCGGUCCGGAAGUUGGGAGAGGCUGCGGCCGACGCGUCCAUUCAAUCGGGCAGGGGCAAGAAGCAAAAGUACGCGCAGUCCAUCCUGUUGGCCGGAUGGGUGACCGGGGCAAUGCUGCUGGCGCUCGGCAUGAAGGCGAUCGCCGUGCUCGCGGGCAAGGCGCUGAUGACGGCGCUCAUGUCGCUGCUCCUGUCCGGGCUGGCAUCGUUCCGCGGGGGCGGCGGUCACUCCGAGCCCAAGAGCACCACGUACGAGAUCGUCACCAAGCCGGUGUACUCGCACUCGCACUCGACCGCGGACGACACCCACUCCGCUGGGUCCCAGAACAACCCCACGUACAGGCGGUCCAUCGGCGGUGGAGCAGGGGGUAGCGGCGGUGUCCUGGGGUUGCAACACGUGCCGGCCCCGUCGUCGGCCGAGGAUGCCGAUCACGUCGUGUACCGCAUCCACACUUCAGAUAAGACGCCCAUUUACAUACCAAUCAUCGAUCGCCGCUGACCUCCACCCACCACCCACCCAGCGCACUCGUUUUUGACUUAAUAUUUUUAUUAUUAUUAUUUAUUUUAUUAUUAUUAUAUUGCCUACAUACGUCGACGGCAAUUCUAAUUUAUUCAAAUUAUUGUAUACCUAUAUUUAUUAUACGCAUCAUUAUUAUUAUUAUUAUUAUUUAUUUACCGUUUGUCAAUUUUUAUUUAUUCAUUAUUAUAUCAUGAUUCUAUGCUG